UAUCACAGACCUGUUUUAAGUCCCUUUCAGCUGCGUUGGCAGAUGUCCCUGGAAACAAACUUGAAAUAUGGCUCUCCUGAGAAAAAUUAAUCAUGUCCUCAUGGUGCUGCUGGUGCUGAUGUUGUUUCUGCUCCUGCACAACACACUGCUCAGAGCCUCCACUCGGCCCAAACUCUCAGAUCACCGGAAGAGCCCUAGAGGCGCAGCUCGAGUUCCUGCAGCGAGAGUGACGGAGGCAGAUAAUGUCAUCCCCGUCAUCAUCUGUGCGUCAGAGGACCGUAUGGGUGGAACCAUGGCCACUAUCAACAGCAUCUACAGCAACACAGAUGCCAGCGUUUUCUUCUAUAUCGUUACUUUUCGUGAUGCAGUGAAACUGACAAGGGAGUACAUUGAGAGGACUAGACUGAAAGGCAUCAAGUAUAAGAUACUGGAAUUCAACCCCAUGGUUCUACGAGGAAAAGUGAAGCCGGAUUCCUCUCGACCUGAUCUGUUACAUCCACUCAACUUUGUGCGCUUUUACUUGCCUCUGCUUGACAUCAACCAUAGGAGGGUGAUAUACUUAGAUGACGAUGUCAUUGUGCAGGGAGACAUCAAGGACCUGUUUACUAUCAAACUGAAGCCAGGCCAUGCUGCUGCCUUCGCCACCGACUGCGACCUGCCCUCCACGCAUGAGAUGGUGCGCAGCAUCGGCAUGCAGACAACCUACAUGGGCUUCCUGGACUACAGGAAACAGGAAGUUAAAGACCUGGGCAUUAGCCCCAGUGACUGCUCCUUCAAUCCUGGAGUGUUUGUGGCAGAUGUCGGCGAGUGGAAGAAACAAAAGAUCACCAAGCAGCUGGAGAAAUGGAUGGAAAAGAAUUUCAGGCAGAACAUAUACAGCAGUGCCAUGGCAGGAGGUGUGGCAACUCCACCCAUGCUCAUCGUGUUUCACGACAAAUACACGACACUGGACCCACUGUGGCAUGUCAGGCACCUGGGCUGGAGUCCAGAUGCCCACUACUCAGAGAGCUACCUCCAGGAGGCACAUCUGCUGCACUGGAACGGCCCAUUCAAACCAUGGAAAUAUCCCGCCGUGCACUUGGAUCUGUGGGAGAAGUGGUUCAUCCCAGACCCCUCCGGAAGAUUCUCCUUGGUACGACCUGACAGCAACAGCUGAGGUGUGUGGAACAUACCAUGUCCGAGCCGCAGGGGGACGUGAAGCGUGUGAAGUUCGGGACUUACUUGGACAGUGGUCGAAGGGGUAAUAGGAAACAGACGAUGAGGAAUCUUCUUGAAAACGAAACGGUGUCGGGAGAGUCUGCGCUCUGUGACUUUCCAAAUAAAAUAAAAAGUGACUAACCUGUUGUCUGAAGCAUU